UCCUGAGAGUCGAGCAGUUAGCGCCGUGUUGCACAGAGCUGUGCUGAACUGUGAACUGCCUUUCCAUCCAUCCUUUAACCUCCACUGGUGAAUACUGUGAACGCUGUCCGGCUUCCUUCGGAGUUAAUAAGGGGAUCAUUGUGCAGACCACCACACAAGAGGGAGGAGGGAGGGAAACUACCUGAAGCUAUCCCAGGAAGAGUGCUUCCACGCUCCCAUACAGGUGAGUGUCCACCCCAUUCCUUGACCCGUCCAUAACCCUAUGACCUUUGACCUCCCUACCUGAGAAAUCUGCGACCUGGUCCACAUAUGCACUCCUGCUCUCAGGGAUCGUUGCUAUGGUUACCAUUUUUACGCCUGGUCAUUUUGAAGUUCCCUGUGUCCGUCUGAAGAGUUAAUUUGAGCGGAGGUCCACUCUUUGAAGGAGCACCUUUGGAGCUUUGACUUGACCACGUUGUGGAAAACGUUGAUACUGAGGAAUACAUUGAAACAGAAGAAGCCACUCAAACUGUAGAAUUUUACCGUACAUUUUCUUGGGAAAAUAACUUCCUGCCACUAGAGCUACAGUGUACGCUGACCUUUCACCCUGUCAGCCCUCUUGACUGGAUUGACCUCUGAACCCUGACCUGUGACCAUCUCCUGGGGCGCGAUGGAGCCGGACUCUCCGAGCCUCUCUCUGCGGUCAGCCGGCUCGCGUCUUUCUGGGGCGCUGACGAGCGAUGGCGAGUCUUUCUACAGCGCCACCAGUCUGCCCUGUAGCCACUUCCUGUCCGCCAACGUCAUCAACGUGGUGGAGAAAUGCAUGAGCUCCAUGCAGGCGGGUUGCCAGAUGGUGAAACUGCGAGGUGGUUCCAAGGGCCUGGUGCGCUUCUUCUAUCUGGACGAACACAAGUCCUGCAUCCGCUGGAGACCCUCACGCAAGAACGAGAAGGCCAAGAUCUCCAUCGACUCAAUCCGUGAGGUGUGUGAGGGCAACCAAUCGGAGAUCUUCCAGCGCUACGCGGAUGGCAGCUUUGACCCCAACUGCUGCUUCAGCAUCUACUAUGGGGAGCACAUGGAGUCUCUGGACCUGGUGUCCGGCACGGGGGAGGAGGCGCGGACCUGGAUCACCGGGCUCAAGUACCUGAUGGCCGGCAUCAGCGAUGAGGACAGCCUGGCCAAGAGACAGAGGACGCGGGACCAGUGGCUAAAGCAGACGUUCACAGAGGCGGAUAAGAAUGGAGAUGGCAGCCUCAGCAUCAGCGAGGUCCUGCAGCUGCUGCACAAACUCAACGUCAACCUGCCACGCCAGAAAGUCAAGCAGAUGUUCAAGGAGGCGGACACGGAUGACAACCAGGGCACGCUGGGCUUCGAGGAGUUCUGCUCCUUCUACAAGAUGAUGUCCACGCGCCGCGACCUCUACCUGCUCAUGCUCACCUACGGCAACCACAAGGAUCACCUGGACACUGCCGACCUGACACGCUUCAUGGAGGUGGAACAGAAGAUGACCAAGGUGACUAAAGAACACUGCAUGGAGGUUGUGGCAAAGUUUGAGCCCUGCCCUGACAACCAGAAGCAAGGAGUUCUGGGUAUCGACGGAUUCACCAACUACAUGCGGAGUCCAGAGGGGGACAUCUUUAACCAGGCGCACGACGAGGUGGUCCAGGACAUGAGCCGGCCACUCUGCGACUACUUCAUCGCCUCCUCCCACAACACCUACCUUAUGGGCGACCAGCUCAUGUCGCAGUCCCGCGUCGACAUGUACGCCUGGGUCCUGCAGGCUGGCUGCAGAUGUGUAGAGGUGGACUGCUGGGAUGGACAAGAUGGAGAGCCUAUUGUGCACCACGGUUACACAUUGACUUCCAAAAUCCUUUUCAAAGACGUCAUUGAGACCAUCAACAAAUACGCCUUCGUUAAGAACCCGUACCCAGUGAUCUUGUCCAUAGAGAACCACUGCAGUAUCCCGCAGCAGAAGAAGAUGGCCCAGUACCUGAUGGAGGUUCUGGGGGACAAGCUGGACCUGUCAUCCGUCACCCCAAACGAGUCUGGACGGUUGCCCUCCCCAGAGGCCCUCAAGGGCAAGAUCCUCGUCAAGGGAAAGAAGCUCCCCCCUAACAUUGAUGAGGAUGCUGAGGAAGGGGAUGUGUCAGACGAGGACAGUGCAGAUGAGAUGGAGGACGACUGCAAACUGAUGAACGGAGAUACGUCUAUGAGUCGUAAGCAGGUGGAGAACGUGGCCAAGAAGAAGCUGGAUAACCUGAUGAAGGAGUCCAAGAUCCGCGACAGAGAGGACCCUGACAGUUUCACCAUCUCAGCACUGCCCCCCUCAGGCAAGAAGGACAAAGACAAGUCUCCACACAAGGGGAAAGCAGAGGACAGCACUGACACCACAGAUGAGGCCAACUCCAGCACUAACAAACGCAUGGGACGCUCCUUCAUGGGCAGCUUCUCCAAACGCAAGAAAAAGUCGACGAAACUGAAGAAGACCUCAAGCUUUGAGGACACCGAUACGGACCAGGAAAGCAGCAGCAGUGCAUCACGAGCACCUCUCCAUCACAGCAGGAAGAAGAAGACCAUGAAGCUGUCCAGGGCUCUGUCUGACCUGGUGAAGUACACCAAAUCAGUGGGCAUGCUGGACAUAGAGGCCCAAGCAGCCUCGUCCAGCUGGCAGGUGUCGUCCCUGAGUGAGACGAAGGGUCAUCAGAUCCUGCAGCAGAAGGCAGCCCAGUUCAGCCACUUCAACCAGCGGCAGCUCUCCCGCAUCUACCCCUCCUCCUACCGAGUGGACUCCAGCAACUUCAACCCACAGCCCUUUUGGAAUGCUGGCUGCCACCUGGUGGCUCUGAACUACCAGUCGGAGGGACGCGUUCUCCAGCUGAACCGGGCGAAGUUCAAAAGCAACGGAAACUGUGGCUACAUCCUCAAGCCUGACUGCAUGUGCCAAGGUACCUUUAACCCUAUGGUGGAGGACCCUCUGCCAGGCCGCAUGAGGAAACAGCUGGUGCUGAAGAUUAUCAGUGGACAGCAACUGCCCAAACCCAAAGACUCCAUGCUGGGAGACAGGGGAGAGAUCAUUGACCCAUUUGUGGAGGUGGAGGUCAUCGGCCUGCCAGUCGACUGCUGUAAGGAACAGACACGCGUAGUGGACGACAAUGGUUUUAACCCUAUGUGGGAGGAGACUCUGGUCUUCACGCUGAGUAUGCCUGAACUGGCCCUUAUCCGCUUCCUGGUCUGGGACCACGAUCCCAUUGGCCAGGACUUCAUCGGCCAACGGACAAUCGCCUUCAACAGCAUGAUGCCUGGCUACCGUCAUGUCUACCUGGAAGGGAUGGAGGAGGCUUCCAUCUUUGUCCAUAUAGCAGUGAACGACAUCACUGGUAAGGCGCGGGCGGCCAGCGGCAUAAAAAGCCUGUUUCACAGAAACCCAAAGCAAGCUUCUCUAGACAGCCAUGCUGCUGCGCUGCUCAGCCGUAAGUCGCCGUUCGGGGCGCACCUGUUGCGACGCACCGCCAGCGCCCCCUCCAAGGCCCCGGGGGCCAAGGCCCAGGCCCAGGGCCUCCCUGACCUUUCCACACACCCCACCAAAGACUGCGACCCCAGGGGAGGGGAGCCCGGCAGCCCCCAGCCCAAGCAGGCAGCGGCGGGGACGGCCGAGGGCGACCUCGAAGUGGGAGCAGGAGCCAGCGCGGACGGAGGCACAGCCCCGCACCCCUGGGGGGGCACCAACGGCCAGCUGCACCCAGGCGACGGCAAAGGCCUACAGCACAUCCAGAGGUACUUGUCUCCUCACCCUGCCCUGGAAUCCAUCUCUGAGGAGCUGAGUGACCGACUGCUCUCCUCCUCCUCCUCCUUCACCUCCUCCUUCUCCUCCUCCUUCACCUCCUCCUUCUCCUCCUCCUUCACCUCCUCCUCCACCUCCGCUCCCUCCCCCGUCUCUCCUCCUCCCCUCACUGACCAAACCUCGACCCCGGGUCCUGCAGCGGACCAGCAGAUCACUCACCCUCCCCUUCAGAAGACGCCGCCACUUCCUGCUCCGUCUCCCCCCCAUCCCGAGACAUCGCCGGGCAGCAGCCAGGGGAGGUCAGAGCCACUGGACACUCCCGUGACCCCCCCACUCCCCAGCGGCAGCAUGCAGCCGCCGGCAGCCGCAGAGGAUCAUGGGGAGGCGGACUCUGAGAGCUCCUCACCCCGCCAGGGGGUCCACGCUCUCCGUGCCCUCUUUGACCGCGACCCCCCUCAGCAGGCCCCAGGCCUGGCACCCCGCGCAAACAAACUCGCACACACGCCCGUCCGGCGCACCAAGAGCGAAGGCCAGGUGCGCCAUGGAGCGGCCGCCGCGCCGUCGUCGUCGUCUUUGCCCACGGCCACUCCGGAGGUGGUGAUGGACGCGACGAUUGGCGACCGCCUGUGGAGCACGCUGGACUACACCAGUCACCGCGACAGCGUCUCCUCCUCGUCCUCCAUCUCGUCCAACGACACUGUGAUUGACCUCUCCCUGCCUAACCUGGCCUCUCGCUCCCACCGGCCCUCGUCCGGUCCCGCCACCUCCUCCUUCCCACUCCGAGGUCCUCCGCACGCGGGGCCCCCCGCCGCCGCCCACAGGGACACCCCGCGCCCCGUCUCCAAGUCCAAGUCCAACCCCAACCUGCGGCAGGACGAGCUGGACGAGCUGGACGAGCUGAAGCCGCGGCCGCUGUCCAAGGAGCCGCGCUCGUCCCCUGCGCCCGCACUCAUGCAGCGUCGACACACCUGGAGCCGUCUCUACAUGGAGGGCCUGAAGCAGGCCGCGGUUGCCAAGGCGACGGCCCGCGGCUCUAACCACAAGAUCCCCCCGACCCCCCCGCCAAAGCCGGGCGAGCUGGAGGCCAAGUCCAAGAGCCUGGGCGACCUCACGUCGGACGACAUCGCCUGCCACUUCGACAGCAAGUACCGCAGCAUCAGUCGCAGCUUCCUGUGCCGGCCGCCCCCUCGCGACCAGCGACGCCUUGGCCUCGGUGGCGGUGGCCUGGCCAAGCCCCGCGACGCGCUCACCGAGCAGCUCAAGCGCCUGACCGACGUGGAGCCGCUCACCUCCAGCGACUUCUCCCCGCGGCCGGCCGGCGCGCCGCCGCAGCCCUGGCACGGCUCCCCCGAGGCGGGUGCGGAGGACUGGGAGCAGCCCCCGCCGCUGCGGCGGAUGUCGUCGCGGAGCCAGAGCCGCGUGCGCUACAUCGCCAACCGCGCCAAGCAGGCUCAGGAGCGCCAGCGGCUGCAGGGCAUGCUGGGAAGGCCCGCGGCGGGGGGGGCGUCUGUGGCUGGAGGACCCCUGGAGGAGAGGGGGAACCCUGAGGGGGCCUGCACCGUGGCCCGAAGCCCCUGCUCCAGCCUGGACCUGCUCAGCCAGCUGCCCCCUGCCCCUCUGCCCGAGAACCUCCACAACCAACACAGCCACCAGAACCAAACCCAGAACCAGUUAGGCCCACAGGACAAUGGGGUGUUCUUCAGACUCAAGCUCUGAGAAACAGAGAGAGAGAGAGAGAGAGAGAGAGAGAGAGAGAGAGAUGCAAUCUACUGAACUGAACUGAACUGAAUUGGACAGAACUGGACUGGACUAUAAUCUGGGCAAAAGAAGCACACAAUUCUAUUAUUGUAAUACAAAUAAUAUGAAUAUCAUUCUUUUUAAAAAGAUAUUCUCCAAUUCCUUGAAGCAAUGAAAAAUUGUUGUUUUGUCUUUUUCACUUUGUUUUGUUUAUUUGUAAUGAAUCUGUAUAUGUUGAUGGAGUCUGUUGAGAAAUCUUUGUUUUGAAGCACUGAAAAUGCUCCUUCCUGCACACACGUGUACCCACCCUGCAUUCUAAUACUCCAUAUAGACCCCUUCUCCUCGGAUGUUGCAAGAUGUGUUUGGUUGAAAUGACUGACACCACAUACAGUGAAGCAAUGGCUAUGCUGUCUCGUCUCUAAUAAUUGCUGUCAAAUCACACACUGCUAAGUGCACGCGUUUAGGUUUCUAACAGCCUAGUUAAGUCACUUUGUAGGAAAACAAUAACGAAACACAGUUUUUUGUAUAUUUUAAGAAAAUGUUAAGAGCACCACCUGAAUCUGUUCUGAGUUUAAGGCACGUUCCAUGUGUCUCCUCCUUCCCCUCGAUGACUCCUGUGUCUCCUCCUUCCCCUCGAUGACUCCUGUGUCUCCUCCUUCCCCUCGAUGACUCCUGUGUCUCCUCCUUCCCUUCGAUGACUCCUGUGUCUCCUCCUUCCCCUCGAUGACUCCUGUGCACCUCGCUGCACUAAAUGAAGAGUACGAAGGAGGAGAACCUUCUGGAAAGCGUAGCCGUGCAGUAGGGGGUGUUAUGGGCUGGCAAGGCCCUCGUAGCAUUGGGAACCCAUGGUCUAACACGCUCCUAUUUCACUGCUUGUACUUGCUCUGAGACUGUAUGUGCUUGCACACACUAUGUUGGGUAGUAGAUGUCUGUUUUUCUGUUUUGUUUUUGUUUUUAGCAAUAUUUUCAAAGAAUUUAUGAAUGCAUUUAAAACAUACUGAGUUAUACGGUAUUGGGACAUUUUUAUAUAAGGAAAACGGGAAUGUCUUUGCUAUAAAUGCAUUGUUUCAUGGGAUAGCGGUCUUUUUAAAGGAAAUUUUAUAUUCUGUGCAGAUGUAACGUAAAAAGAAACAGCCUGGCUUUUUAUUUUGGCAAGCUGUUGGUAGCAACGCACGAUGGCACCAGGUCACCAGGUCACCUGGCUCUGCAUUUUUAACCAUUUGGGGAUCUUUUUUUAUCAAGUCUUGCUGAUAGAUUGCCCCCUUUUAAACUUGACUGCAUGUUUUGUAUGCAUUCUAAUCUACGUUGUGGGUCCGGUUCAAAGGACUCUUCCACUACUUAAUGGGUCUGGUUCAAAGGAAACUCUUCCACCUGCAUUUGUUGAUCAGUGUUGAGAUGCUGAAGGCCUGUGUCUUGGAUUGGCCACAGAAGUUUGAUCUCCCUUUUUUAUUCUCAUCUUUUGUUUAUUUUUGUUUAUUAUUAUUUUAUUAUUAUUAUCAUUAUUAUUAUUAUUUAGAUAUUAAUUGACUGUAAGACUAUGGAGAGCUGUGUGAAAGCAGUGUUGUCGGAUCCUACUGUGUGGUCUGACACCGUCAUGACCGAUGUCACACCAGAGAUUGUUAGGGAUGAUAUUUAAGUAAAAGCAAAAGUAAUUAGAAAU